AUGCCCUUCACUCUGAUCAAGGUCGCUUCAACCGUCCUCGCCGGGAUAGGUGGAUCGUAUGCGGUCCUCUUGGGGCUGCUGACCAUCCCCGCCGUACAAAGAACGUCCGUCCACACUGCAACGGGGAUCGCAAUCGGCCACAACUUGAAGUCGGUUUGGACGCGCUCGGCGACUGAGUUGCUGACCUGUAGAAAGGACGUUGUGGUAUCGCAGACUCAUCUACUUGCAUCGGAUACGACUCGUCUCGGACUUUGACCAUCCGGAGCAGUUCGGCUAUGCCCGUGAGUCGCCUCUCCCAGGAUGAUGUCGUCGAUCUAAGCAUCUGAGGAGGGCCCCACUUGAGCUCGGCCGAACGUGCUGCUGAGUUCCCGCAAGCGACAGGCUGGAGGCGCAUAAAUGUGCAUCAAGAGAUCCCAGGUUAAAAAAAACUAAUCUGAUCACACCAUAUCACUCAACAGCGGGCAAGGUGCGCAACUUCAAACUCGUCACCCCCGACGGACACAAGAUCGGCGUCUGGCACGUGCUCCCCGAAGCGGCGUACCAGGCCUAUCGCAAACGAGACCCUCAACUCUUGAAUGAGGGCGCGUUGCCGGACGAAGUUUUUGAUCAGGCUUUCAAGUGGGUUCCAGGACUAGACUCGAUCGAUUCUGGGCAUGAAGGUGGUAUGCUCAUCUGUAUUCGGACUAAAUCUUCACCUCCUUUCGCCCCCAUGUGCUGACCUCGUCACAGGACCUACCCCACUUGCAUCUACUUUCACGGUACGGUCUUCCAGUGACCAGAAAUACGCUAUAUCUAGAUCAUCUGACAUGCACGCUAUUACCCCAUAGGUAACGCCGCCACACGCGCCGCCCCCAAUCGAGUUCGCAUCGGUCGUCACAUCUCGGAACAAGACCAAUCCUUCGUCAUCAUCGACUAUCGAGGUUUCGGUGAUUCGACGGGCGUCCCGACCGAGGAGGGGUUGCUGAUCGAUGCUAGGACCGUUUGGGAUUACGUGACCGAGGUCAAGGGGGUACCGAGGGAGAAGGUCUCGGUUAUGGGUCAAUCGUUGGGAACAGGAGUUAGUUCGGGCUUGGUCGCUCGCUUGACCAGACAAAGCAAGUCGGCGCAAUAUUCCUUCUUAUGAGCCGGACCUAAAACGGAGCAGAAGCUGAUCCUUCGGUCCUCCUCUCGUUCCAGGCAUCCACCCCCACGCCCUCGUCCUCGUAUCCCCAUUCUCAUCCGUCUCGGACCUCUUGUCGACUUAUCGUCUCGGCAACUUCAUCCCCGUUCUUUCCCCACUGAACUCGUUCCCAUCCCUGAUGACGACCUUCAUAAGCCUGCUGAAGACCCGUUUCGAUACGUCCAAAGUGAUUUCGGAGAUCAAGUGCCCGAUCUUGAUUCUUCAUGGUACGUCCUUUCCCCGCUCGAGCCAGCGCAUCACUCAGUGCAGCUGACGAAAUAAUCUCACGCACGUCCAUUCUACCCUCCUUGCCCAGCUCGCGACGACCCCGUGAUCCCUUUCUCCCAUUCCCGAACGCUCGCGAAUUUACUCCUCGCGCCCCACUUGAACAAAACCAACUCGAAUUCCAACGUCCACUUUUCGUCAUCGCGAACCGCCGAAGCUCUAGCCCUCAAACUCGAUUCCGACGAAGGGUUCAAGAAAUUGGAACGAGAUGGGUUGGUCAGGAUUGAGAAAUGGGGUGCUUGGGGGAGGGUGAUGAGGUUCGAGAGAGGGGAGGGUUUGGGGAAGGUCGUUUGGGCUGAGAGUGAGAUGGGUCAACAUAACGUGAGUUGGUUGAGGACUGAAGGGGAGAGAGGGGGGUCAAAAUCGUUCGAACGAGGGCUGAUGGCUUCUGCGCGUUGAUUCGGCCGGACCUUUUUCUCUCUCUUUUUUUCAAAAGGAUAUUGGAUACUCCGAGCCUUCGUUGUUCUUACAACGUGAGAUGAUGGCACCUUGA